AGUUUUUUUCCUUCCCAUUGUCUUUUCUCAAUAUUGUUAUACCGUUUAUUUAUUUAAAUAGUCGCUACUAAGCACUGUAUAACACUCCUCUCUACCGAUGUUUGGAUAAAGAAAUGUGUUCGCCCUCUUAUAUAUAUCCGACAAGAACAUUCCAGAAUUUACUGGAAAAGAUUUCCCAUUACUUCUACCUCUGACGACAAUGCAUAUGUAUAUGUAUACGUGCAAUUAUAGCGUAAUUCCUUAGAAAAGCGAAAAAACAUCUUUCAUACAACGCCCUAAAAAGAUUUCAGGAUAAGCUGUUGUGAGUGAUCACGAAUGGAGCACCCGCAUCGUUUAUCUCAUUUAUGGAAAUUCCAACUAAACCACACAGCUCCACACUUAGCGAAAUGCAGUUUGAAGAAAAAUUCACUACCUGCUACAACGGAUGAGAGAAACAAAAAGAUGACAACAGCAUUUGCACAACACUUGACGAAGCACGAACACUUUGCGGACUUUGGGAAUACGAGAAUUUUGGACAUCGAAAGAGGGGUAAAAAGGAGAAUGACAUUAGAAAGCCUACGUAUACAACAACAAAUAGACAAUGCGAUCAACUUUAAAGAGGACGUGGAUAACACCAACAAAGUGUAUGCAGCUGUAAUCAAUAACAAAUAUAAAUAAGAAUAUAGGAUUGGAAUUUGGUAAUAUUGUGAAAAGAUACUUAAAAUGGUGCUAACGUUUAUCGUUUGAUAAAAAAAUUUUGUCAAUAAUAUUUAUGUAAAUGUGAGUUCAAAGUCAGAAUUAGUGUAAAGUAAUUGUCGCUAACAAUGUUUAUUGUUCUUGCAUCAGCGAAUUUUACUUGCUAAUCAUGCUUAUUUGGUUAUUUGUUUUUAUUUUUCGAAUAAAGACUCCCUGAUGAAGACGCGAGAGCGUUGAAACGCGUAGGAGGGUAAAAGGAAAAUUAAAAAAAAAAUUGCUUUUUUAACUCUAUCGGCCGAAGCAGCUCCAACUCAGCAAACAUAACAAAUAAGAAUUUGGCCCAAAUAUUUAUAAUUAAAUAAAUUUCAAUUUCAAAAAGGCAUUCCAAAAGCA